AUGGAGAAGAUGUGCUUUCCCGACAAAUGGCGUAAAUGGAUUAUGGGUGUGAUAUCCACAGCUAGAUCUUCCGUUUUGGUUAACGGGUCGCCGACUUUUGAAUUUAAGUAUUCGAAGGGUAUUCGUCAAGGUGACCCCAUCUCACCAUUUUUAUUCCUAAUCGGUAUGGAGGCGCUUACGGUCCUUUUCAAUAGGGCGGUGGAAGGUGGUAUGUUUAAGGGGUUCGAGACGCCUAACGGUGGUCCUUAUUUAUCGAGCCUCUUAUUUGCGGAUGAUGCUCUUAUUAUAGGAGAAUGGUCGGAUGCGAAUGCCACUAAUAUGAUAAGAUUAUUAAGAUGUUUUCAUUUAAUAUCAGGUCUUAAAAUCAAUCUUUUAAAGUCAAAUCUGAUCGGAGUAGGCGUGAAUGAAGUCGAGGUUACAAGAAUGGGGAACCGUAUUAAUUGUAGGGCUGGAAAAACUCCUUUCGUAUAUCUUGGGCUCCUUGUUGGAGCUAAUAUGAACUUAAUUAAAAAUUGGCAGCCAGUUUUAGACAUUUUUGACUCAAGAUUAUCGGGGUGGAAGGCAAAGAUGUAG